AUGCCUCGUACCGGCGGGUUCAAAAUUGCACGCAAGCGGUGUACACUGGAGGUUCAACUGGCUCGCAAAGAUGCCGCGUUUGAGGUUGCGACCCGGGAGAUGGUUGACGAGCCGGAUGAGGAGAGCUCAAGUAUGUCUCUUUUGCUGCGCUCCGAUUACACACCCCAAGCUCUGCCAAUCGAUUGA